AUGACCACCCGCUUCAAGAAGAACCGCAAGAUGCACGCCCACCGCAAGAGGGGCCACGGGCGCAUCGGCAAGCACCGAAAGCAUCCGGGCGGUUGCGGAAAUUCGGGUGGACAGCACCACCAUCGCAUCAACUUCGACAAGUACCACCCGGGCUACUUCGGAAAGGUGGGAAUGCGCAACUUCCACCUCAUCAAGCACGGCAAGGUCAUCCCGACCAUCAACGUCGAGCGCCUGUGGUCGCUGGUUUCCGAGCAGACCAGGCUUUUCUACAAGGACAAGACUGACAAGGCUCCUGUCAUUGAUGUGCUGAAGGCAGGCUACAUGAAGGUGCUGGGCAAGGGCCAGCUGCCAGAGCAGCCCGUGAUCGUCAAGGCACGCUACUUCACCAAGGAGGCCGAGGAGAAGAUCAAAGCCGCAGGUUCCCUGCUAGACCUUGUUUUGCAGAACAAAGUGGUGUGUGCGUACUGUGUGCCUGAGUCGCGAAGCAACAUGGCGCGGUCUUUCGAGGAUUCUUCAAAAGUUAGUGCCCGGCCACUUCUGCUACCGCAGGGAACAACAGCGAGGGAGGAGAAUGAGAGGUUGAGGGAGGCACCUGCAGCUGUGGAGCUACGCUCAGAUGCAGAUGCCCAAGUCACGAGAUGCGCGCAGACGCUUGCCAAUGCAGCACAAUUCUCGAGUGUUCAGUUGAACAGCGGUGACCCAAAGGCUACCUUUUACACGGCGUUCCUGGCAAGAGCUGUUCACGAGGCAUUGCACCCCGUGGAAGUGCAGAGCACGCAACUCUUGGAGUGUUCCGCCACUUCUCCACUCUUGGCCGGUCUGGUGCUCAUUCCUGGAGGCGCUGCUGCUUGGGGGACUGGGGUGGCCACGCCUUGGAAGGUAGUAGAGCUGCCCGGUGCCUCCGCGCAUGUGCUGGAACUGACAGAGUGCUUCGUGGAGUCUGUUGGUGAGGUUCAGCAGCUGGUUGACUUCGGCAACAAGAAGCGCGCUGCAAAUUCGAAGCUCCUGGGAGCGUUGCCCUCAGGAAAGCACAAGGACAGCGGAAUAUCCGAGAAGUGGAUCUUGCCCUUUGGUGUUAGCCUGGAAGACAAGCCUGGCAGAAAGUGGAUCCAAGUAUGUUACAUCAAGCCGACCCUUUUUUCUGAAACUCUGAUUUGGAUAGAAGAUGCUUGCCUGUUCUACGGACAGGCCGCGCCCUACCUGGAGAUGGUUCAAGUGACGGUCGAUGCAGCGGCCACGCUGGACCGUAUGGCCCCGGAAGGCCAGCUGUCGCCGAGCCAGACCCGUGGUCUGGAGCAGGCAAUAGAGGCUCUGCAAUCCUCCUGGCAGCGGAGCAGGCUGGGGCCGGAGAUUGCUGAGAAGGAGCAAGCUGCUGCCACGAAGGCCUUGCUGCAGGCGCAGCAGAAUUCUCUCAGAGAUUGGGGCUUUGCAUCCGACGAGGCCGUGCAUCCUUGGGACCCAGCCUAUGCAGUUCACCCGUAUGGCUCGCGAGUUCUGGGAUCUGUGCAGGGCCUCUCUUUGCAGGGCCUGGGCAUCGCACCUGAGCACUGCGAGAUCUUUGUGGGGGAUACUGGUGGUGGUCUUUGGCUGAAGCAUCUGGCUCCGGGCAGGCACCGUCUGUGCCUGAACGAGAAGAUGCUGGAUGGAACAACGCCGGAGCUGCCCAAACUUUUGUCACGUAGUGAUGCUGCAGUUGCUACACCUGCAGUUGCAGCCGAAGGGCUGUUCUCAGUCAGUGUGGCGCACGAGCUGCUUGUUGUCACCCGCGGCAGUUCAGAGCUCUGCCCGGAGGCACUUCAGGAACUGGAUUACCUGCAAAUUGCAUCGAAAGAGUCCAAGUUCUUCGAGGUGGGUUGUGGAUCCUUCACCGACUUCAAUGUCUGGUUCAACAGAGGUCACAGCACAGCUUUCCCAACACUGCAGGUGUCAGACUUCCGCACCGAGGUGAAGCGGAUGAGGGAUCAGGAUGAUGGUGGCUCCACCACCAAGAUGGAGCUACGCAAUGAGGCUGAAACUACCAUGCAGCAACCAGAACGGCCCAAGGGUGCGGUUGAGGAAAAGUCGUUCAGUGCAGAAUCCAAAAAACGCGAAUCCGCGCAGCUCUGCUCCUCUGGCCAAGCCGCCACGCCUUGGUCGGAGGGUCUUAACGAAGCUGCGAGAAGACAGCGCCGAAAUGAAGAGAAGGCUGGAGCGCUUGGAGACUCAAGCAAACGCACAGGCGGCAGCGCUUUGAUAGUUCAUGCCGCAGCCGGGCAGACGGAUGGCUCGGCAGCUGCCCCGCAGUUCCCAGACCCUGCGCUUUUCGUCAUGAUGGCGUAUUCCUUGACACCGUCAUCGGUGAUGAAGACCAGGCGUACAACCUUCCUGCAAGAGGACUUCUUGGGCUAUGCAGAGACGUCUGUGCUUCAGGCCUCCGAGAAUAUGCAUGGUUUCUCCUCAACGUUUGCAGCCACGAAUGAGCUCACCGCGCCAACCAGCGACCACCCAGCGCCAAAGGUGAUGAUCUUGCCGAGAAAGGUGGAUGAUCCUUUUUUUUUUCUGCGGUGGAGCCAAUUUUACCAACAGGAAGCGGUCAUCUGCGCUGGCCGAGACAGUGCCCAAAGUGGCACCGGCCCGCACGUUGUGCAAGUAGGUCCAACUCGUUCGCAGCUGCAAAGGCCGAGCAACAACCUCAUCUUAUGGGCUGUUUGCUACUGCUUCUGUGCUUCUUGGUCGCGAAUCCGACCCAGCCUCGACUGCCACUUGCACCCGCUGCUGUUCAUCGCGAUCAAGGGUAGACACGGUUCAUCCAUUCCGGCCGACCAGCAGGCCUCCUGGCUCAUAUAUUGCACGGGCAGAGCGUGUGGUUGCAUUUCGAAAGGCACCAUGACCACCCGCUUCAAGAAGAGCCGCAAGAUGCACGCCCACCGCAAGCGGGGCCCGGCGCCUGUCGCGCUGCAGAUGCUGCACAAGCCUGGGCACAGCGCUUUGCUUCUCAAGGCCACGGGCGCAUCGGCAAGCACCGAAAGCAUCCGGGCGGUUGCGGAAAUUCGGGUGGACAGCACGUCCCUCAGCUUCGUGCCAUUUCGUGCCUCAAGCUGGUCCAGGGCAACUGCAAACGGCUUUCCGAGGCACCACCAUCGCAUCAACUUCGACAAGUACCACCCGGGCUACUUCGGAAAGGUGGGAAUGCGCAACUUCCACCUCAUCAAGCACAGCAAGGUCAUCCCGACCAUCAACGUCGAGCGCCUGUGGUCGCUGGUUUCCGAGCAGACCAGGCUUUUCUACAAGGACAAGACUGACAAGGCCCCUGUGAUCGAUGUCAUGAAGGCCGGAUACAUGAAGGUGCUGGGCAAGGGUCAGCUCCCUGAGCAGCCGGUGAUCGUGAAGGCACGGACUUUGUGA